CAAUAACUAAUGCUAAUUGGCGUCACACGAUUUACCUCAAACCUGUUGGUGGAGGCGACUUAUAAACGGGAGUCGCUGAGAGCUGCAUCACAGUUGGUCUGGGUUUAGUGCGAGAACUUGGAAGCUGUCUUGUACCAAUGGCUCUAAGAAGUGUAACGUGGUUCCUAAUUGUAAGCUGUUUGGCUGCGCUGGCAGUAUCAGCCCCUACAUCAAGUGAAGAAUCUUCAGAGGAUUCGACAACAGUUGGCGCUGUAAUUCUGCCAGGAGAAAUUCCUCAUGAUAAGAGGACAAAGCGUGAAUCUGAGAAACAAGAAGCUGAUAAACCAGAGAAUCCAAUCGAAGUAGCAAAGAAACCAGGAGAGCCUGCAUACACGAAACCAACAGAAGCCACGAGCAGAGUCGCUCGAGAUGCCGAGGAAAAGAAACCAGAAUCUCAGCCAGCUAAGCCCUCAGAAAGCAGUUCUGAUGCAAAGAAGGACGAGUCCAAACCCAAAUCAAAGCGUGAAACCCCACCUGAGAAAGAUGGUGUUAAAAAGCCCGCCUUGACUGUAAGCAAGCCAGAAGCUACACGACCAGAGCGAGACGUCGAUGAACUAGGAAAGCAGAAGAAAGAGGGAGAUGUCGACUCUCAUCCCACUUCGAUCCCCGACUAUAAGAAAGAGGAGAGGCGACAGAAGCGAGAUGUAAAAGAAAAUAAAGGCGAUACGAAGCCGGGAGCCACCAAGAACGCUCCCGCCCUUCAAAGGCCAUUGUCAACAAUUGCAGAAGAGCCGAAUAUUAGACAAAAACGCGCUGGCGGUCCACAGAAACCACGUCCUAAUCCAAGUGGGCCUGGAAACAACCAUCCUGGGAACAGCAACAGUCACCCUGUGAACAACGGGAAACCUCAAGGCAACCACCCUGGAAACAACGGGAAACCUAUAAAUCAACCUGGGGGCAGGCCUGGCAGUCCAGGUCCUGGAGGACAUAACCUCCAUCAUUAGAAUUCAGCCGGCUUGCCAAAGAGCAAGAAGUCAAUGUGGCAAUAACGAUAUGUAUUGUUACUAAAGCUAAAUACAAUGGUAUCAAAGAGA